AUGCCCACAACGCGUCGCCUGGGUCCCCCUUCGACGUUCGAACGUGCCUGGAUCAUCGAUAUCGAUUCUGUUUGGGUAUCUCCGGCCCACACCGGAGCCCAGAGACCUCCGGACUUUAAGCCUCGUCUGAGGUACACCGUCGCCCAGGGAGAGCCAAGCGCCGAAAAUACUCUUCUGCGAGACCUUUGCCAGGACCUCCCAGCGCUUCCCGGGCCCCUUGCUGCGACCUGCCUCUCGCUCGCGCUGUUUCAAGCGGGCGACGCGGAUAAGCUCUGGCCCCUCCCCAUCACCACGCCCGCCUAUGUAGCAUCCCCUGGUCGAAUCUCGUGCUGA